GAAUGGAGGGUGUUUACAAGAAGGGAUUGACCAAAGCUAUUGGAGUUUCGAACUGCAGCGGAGAACAAAUUGAACGCAUUAUGAAAGUCGCCAAUGUGCCCAUCCACAAUGCACAG